CCUGUACGGACAAAAGCAGCACAAUAAAGCCGGAGAGCUCGUAAGGAGUCGGAUAGUAUAUAGAUCAGACAUAGAGCUGCGGUGUAGUUUAUAAAGCGCAGAGAAAGAUCAGUCAUCCGCGGGAGUCUCUCUGUAAUUAGAUGCGAUAACAGAUUAAGUUGAAGAAAAUUAAUGUUGUAACCCUAAACGCGUUGUUGUAGCGAGCGAGUGGGUAUCAUUCAAGGGAGCUUUGCUACAGAUACAUUUGUGUUCGGAUUAGUUUCAGAUUGUCACGUUGUUGAUAGGACAUUGUUGCAAGUACCAGUCAACGACAAAAGCAUUCAAUUAUAUCUGAACUAUAUGUAGUGCGGUAAGAGCAGGACAGCUGUGACUGUAAUUGAAAAGUGGUUUAUGUAGUUAAGCACAGAAACUAGUAAACCACAGCAUUGCAUGGAGUUUUGGUUCCUUCUACUUUGUGGGAAUUCCUGACGUGUACCAGGUCAGUGUGUGCGUAAUAGGAAUAUGCUGUUCUAGUCAGUGAACCUGUGGAUUAAGCCUGUUUAUCUGAUGAAAACCUGAUUUGAUAACAAGUCUGUAAACAUAUCUGAAAGUAAGCCGGGCACUUUUUUUUUUGAAGCCGUGUGUUUACUUUUCUCCGACACGGCUAGUGGACUGUGAGUGUGUUUUAGCAGGAGUGGCAGACUCGGGUGUUAGGACCGCUGGAUGUUUCGGGUCCCCCAGCAUUUGCAAAUGGCUUGUUGUCUGAAGGAUGAGUUGCUGUGUUCCAUCUGCUUGAGCAUCUACCAGGACCCCGUGAGUUUCGGCUGUGAGCAUUACUUCUGUAGGAAGUGCAUCACGGAGCACUGGAGCCGACAACAGCAGCACAGCGCCAGAGACUGUCCGGAGUGCCGCAGGACCUUUGCGGACCCGCAGCUCUCCCCAAGCCUCAAGCUCUCCAACAUCGUGGAGAGGUAUACUGCUUUCCCGCUGGACGCCAUCCUCAACGCCCAGCGGAACUCGUACCCGUGUAAGGACCAUGAGAAGGUCAAGCUCUUCUGCCUUAGCGACAAGAACCUUGUUUGCUUCUUCUGCGACGAGCCAGCUCUGCACGAACAGCACCACGUGACCAGCAUCGACGAGGCGUUUGAGGAAAUCCAGAGGGAGAUGAAGGAGCAGCUAGUGGCCCUGCAGGACAGCGAGGGGGGACACAUGGAGGCCCUGCAGCUGCUGCAGAGACAGCUCACUGAGACCAAGUCAUCUGCAAACAGCCUGCGCGCCACGCUGGCCGAUGCAUUCGAGCGACUGCAUCGGUUCCUGCGCGAGCGGCAGAAGUCCAUGCUGGAGGAGCUGGAGACAGACACGGCACGCACGCUCAGCGACAUCGAGGACAAGAUCCAGCGCUACAGCCAGCAGCUGCACGACGUCAAGGAGGGGAUCCAGAUCCUGCAGGAGCUCCUGAGCGAGAGCGACCAGCAUGGCUUCCUGCAGGGGGUAGCCCUGACCUCUGAAAGAAUUAAAGGGAAGAUCCAUGAAACUAACCUGACGUAUGAAGAUUUCCCCACAUCCAAAUACAUGGGACCCCUGCAGUACACAAUCUGGAAAUCCCUUUUCCAGGACAUCUCGCCAGUGCCGGCGGGGCUGACGCUGGACCCAAUCACAGCUCACCAGCGCCUCAUCCUGUCUGACGACUGCACCAUCGUGGCGUACGGGAACCUGCACCCUCAGCCGCUGCAGGACUCCCCACGCCGCUUCGAUGUGGAGGUGUCCGUGCUGGGCUCCCAGGGCUUCGACUCGGGUGUGCACUACUGGGAGGUGACGGUGUGUGAGAAGACACAGUGGAUGAUCGGCCUGGCCCACGAGGCGGUGAGCCACAAGGGCAGCAUCCAGAUCCAGCCGGCCCGCGGCUUCUACUGCAUCGUCAUGCAUGACGGGAACCAGUACAGCGCCUGCACGGAGCCCUGGACACGCCUCAACGUCAAGACCAAGCUGGAGAAGGUGGGCGUCUACCUGGACCACCCCAAGGGUCUGCUGGUCUUCUACAAUGCCGACGACAUGUCCUGGCUCUACACCUACCGGGAGAAGUUCAGUGGCAAGCUGUACCCUUACUUCAGUCCCGGGCAGAGCCACGCAAACGGCAAGAACGUCCAGCCCCUGCGUAUCAACACCGUCAGACUAUAGGCGGGAUGUGGGGUGGGGUGGGCAGUGUGUACAGACUUGAUCAAUUAUGAUAAGUAUAUAAUUAACAGGCUCUGCUUUUACGGGUUAUCAGAUUGAGGUACAUACCAGUGCUGCUUUUUUUUUUUUUUUUUUUUUUUAAUAUAACUUCUGUAGUUGCUGCAGUUGCCCUGUGUUGCCUGAUAAAGUGGCUUGGGUUUUCCAGGCUCUUCAGUAUUUAUCACACAGAUGUCUUGUUUACUGAGGCUUCCUAAAGCAUUGUGUUCUACAGUGUGUUGUGAGGAUCAGUGGAUUGAAGAGGGAGGGGACUGUGGGUCCCUCCACAGUCAACACAGCAGCAGGGGUAAGAUAAGGACAGAGGCUGACUUUAGGGGUCAACCAAAAUGAUCAUCAAUUAAGGCAAGCAUACAUAGCGUGCUCUUUUUCAAGACCUCCCCCAAAGGCGUAGAUAAAAAUGCUGACAUCAUACUGAAAGUAAAAAUAAGCUCUCUAUUAGUUUGCUGUAUCCUAUAUUGUACACAAACAUGUAGGAAAUGCAUAAACUUAAUUGGCUCAUGGAUUUUCUAUAUUGAUCACCUGUAUGUACGCAGAAAGCAGGUAGUACGUGACUUCGCAUAUUUGUCCUAGCUUUCCAUCAACCGAGAGAGGCAGCUCAAGUAAUUAAGGUAAAUGAUAUUUUAUUUCAAGUCCCCCCAGCACAUACGCGUGUUCACUGUUUAUAUUGAAAAGUGCAUAUUCAUGUCAAAUGGGAUUGUGUUCUUGUAGGUCGCUAGUUCAAGAGGUUGUAUUUUAGCAACUUCAAAUGCAUUGCAAGAAAUGGGUUGUGUUUUCGAAUCCGUGACAGGCUGGCAGGAUUUUUCAAUCUAGCUGCAUUUAUUUGUUUAUUUGCUUAAGAAGCUUUUUUGUAUGGUACACUGUACUGGUAUGAGACAGAUUUUAGACAUUAUUGUAUGUAUUUGAACGAAUUGUGCACGUAUUUGCAAACCUGGGGGAAUACAGUAAGAAAUGAAAACCUAUUUUUCCGCCAUUUAGCAAUGAAUUGUAUUUCACUUUAAUUGUGUGUCUUGAGCUGUCUUUCUGUACCAUUUGUCAUUCACACUCAAGUUUUGCUGACGCUCUGAUGCCUUCCAUACUCUCUCAUGCGCUGACAUACAGGAUCCUUUUUCUCAACCAAAAGUAAAAUAUCAUGAACUGUGACCCAAAGGACAUCUGGUGGCUACAGUUCUUUUUCAGGAAGGCAUGUGAAUAUUUAAAGCUAUCAAAAAGGAUAAGCUGCCCUCCGCUCCCCCCUCGGAGCAUGCUUGGUAUGCUUUUAGAAAAUGAUGGUAACUAUGGACAGUCCCUUAAACUAUGCUGUUAGAUUUGGGGAGUGCUGAAUGCAUUCCAGACCUGCCCUGUGCUGUACAGCACAUUCUGUUUGGGGAGGGACCAGUACAUUUUUUUGUUUUAAAUGCAACACUUUGAGAGCAAGAAAGUACUGAUUGAUUCCUGUUAAGGGACCGUGUUAACAGAAUUUUGAAUUUUAAUUCAGUAAUGAAAGCACACUGGGAAGCCAGCCUAGCAUUGCAUGUUUUAAAGUGUGUUUUAACCUCUGAAAGAUCAGUGAUCUGGUUCUCUUUGGGUGUAAUGUAAUAAACCUGGAUCCUGCACUUCGUGGUUGUGGUCGUGGUGGAGGGGAAAUGCUCUAGUUUGCUCAUCCUAAGUUUCUUUCUGGUCUCUCUUGACUUGUUCCUGUAAAAUUGUUGUUAUGAGUGUCUGUAAACAGUAGGGGGAGUAUUUACCACUACUGCUGACAGUAAUCUGUAAAAGCAACUCUACUCUCUUACACUUGUUUAGCUUUACAGACUUUCUGGGUGGAGAAACAUUGUCAUGUAAAAAUAAAGGAGAAUUUUAAAGAGGCAUGUUUAAAGUAUUUGAUGCACCAUUAAACUGAAUACAACAAGAUCCAUUUUGAGUGGAGUCCUGUAAAAGUUCUGCUGGUGGUUUGGUCUCUGACAGUGGCAGUGUCCUGCAGUGGAUAUAUAGUAAAGAUGAAUGUUUACCACAUUGCUCCAGAGUUAAAGUUUAUGGCUUUCUCAGAAACCAGACAUUGUUGAUGUUCCACUUUGUAUACAUUACCAAAGCUACUGUCGUUACUGCAGCCAUAAGAACCACCUGUCACCUCUUGGAAGGAAACGGCCAUUCUCUUGCUUCAUGUCAGCUGUGCCUUGGGGCGCUGGCACCAUUGACAGGAAACACCUAGGAGCUAACCUUUACAAAAUGGGCUAGGACCAAGAUCACAAGCGUGGAUUGCCACGGAUCAAACUGGUAAAGUUACAAAAGUAGUCUGACGAGCUUUAUAUAAUGUGCUUGAAUUUUUUUCAUGACUCUAAUUUUUUUCAGAACAUUUCAUUUAUGCAAAUGUACAGUAUGUACAACACACCACCAUUGGAUAAAUGAAAAAGAUCGUUUCACAGCCUGCUACUAAUUUAAUUUAAGACAUCUAGGGCUUUAUUCAUAACACCCAAUUAAUUUCUCAAUCACUGUGCAAAGCACUGCCUUGAAAGUCCAUGUUAUCCCUUGUUCCUUUUUUGUUCCUAGAAUCUUCUUGCUCUUUACUGGUUUUAUUAUGUAAAGUGAGGGGCAGGGAAAAUGUUACUAAGGCUAUUAAGAGAAAAUGCAUUGAUUUUAAAGCUUUGGUUUGCACCCCCGUGCUCCACACUGCUGUAAAGCUGUUCCCCUACAUUCUGUUUUUUUUCUUCAGAAAGAUCCUGGGAUUCAGAUUUGCAGUAAGCGUGGGUUGGCCUCCAUUUCCCACAGCCUCAUUACAGUUCAUCACACUGUAGAUUGCCACACACAUGCCCUUCUUAACGAAUAGCUGGAGAGCUGCUGGCAAUGCAGUGUGCUUUGUUUUGUGCUGCUGAAUGCUGUUCGUAUAAUGAAUUGCACUUUGUGAUACGAGCCAAUCCAACAUACAGCUGCAAAGAGAGAUGUGCGAGACUGGGCAGGCAAUCCUCAGUUAAUUUGUGGUUGAAUGGUGGAGACGGAGAUCUAGGGUACGAUCGCAUGCAGUGGAUGCCAGCUGCAGGGGUUACAUCUUACUUUCCCAGAGAAAUACAUUUACAAAAGGUACAGCCGGUUCAAUUCCUCUUGGAUUGUUAGGGGAGGUCUGGGUGUGAAUGUAGUUGACCUACCAAUUGACUUUGGUGUUCUCCACAUCCAGCUUGAAAAGGGAGUGAUAGUUUUAUUAGGAGGGCAUUGAGGUUAGGUAUGCAAGUGUAUACAUACUGUGAAAUAAAAACUGCCAAGAAUUUGGGAGAGUAACCGAAAACAGCAAUUUCAUACAGUAUAUAAAAAGCGAAAGCCCCAAUACACUCAACAUUAACAAUAACAUUUUGGAGUAUCUACAUAAAAUGAAUGAAUAAAAUCCCUAUAGAAAAUAAGGUGUGUGUAUUAAAUGACUCUACAGUAUUGGCUGUGUGCAUGGGGCUUUAAGAAAGCGAGAUUUAUCAGUUACUUGCAUGGAUGUCUCCUGCUGUUCUCUAUUGCUAUACGGGUAUUCUGUUAACAGCAUUGCACAGAGUCAUGAGCACACUGACAAAUAUAAAACAGUAGAAAGGCAAUACUGUAAUACUUCUCAUAGCUGUACUUUUUAUGCACGGUAGUCUCUGGGGGAAGUUGUGCCUUGCCUCAGUUUGGUGAACACAAUGAUGCCUUUUAAUAUUUAAUUACAUCUUUACAGUUACUCAGUCAUGAACUGCGUUGAACAACAACCAAGUAAUCCAAGUAUUUCAAUACUAUAUCUUGCCUUAUGACAUUCAAACAUCAAGAAAAAUUCAAUUAAACUAUGAAAACUGGACAAGAUUACUUUUUCUUUGGAUAGCAAAACUGUCUUUAAAUAAUGACAUACAGUGCUUCUCUCUGACCUUGAUCACAGCUUGUCUGCCGUAGCAAUGGGACAGUACGGGCUUGGGUAUUGCCUCCGCCCAGUUCAGGGAUUGCUGUCUAGCAGCCAGGCUGUGAUGGUUGUGCCUCUGGAGCUAGCUAUAAGAGGCUCAAUUUCCAAUUUAAAAUAAUUAAUCAUCUUCAGGUACAGUUAACCAAAAAUAGUUUAUUCAGAAAUCAAAAUGUAAAUAGGAAAAAAGCAAAUCAAAGGCGAUGGAUAAGUGAUCUCACACACAAGUCUCGGCUGAUGGCGUUCUGAGCCAGCACCUGUGUAGAUGUUUCUGGGCUGAGCUGAUCUGACCAAAGAAAUUACUUUGUACAGCACAGAUAUACAGUUAGCUUACGUAAUUUCUUUGACCAAAUUUGGUCUUACUUCCCUGACAUGACACAAAGCACGUUAAAAGUUACAUUGCCGUUUCUUCUUCAAUGUACCAAUGUCAGCAGAAACCCAGAUAACAAGAAGUUACUUUUAAGAACAAUGCUAUGAGUUUUGCUCAGUUCUCCCAGGCUUACAAGCUGUGUGUUUAUCAGAAAAAGCCUAUGUGUUCCAAUAGUAUGUUAUUAUGCGUUCUGUGACACUUACCUAAAGUUAUAGCAUGUCACUUUUAACAAAAGGCAAUGGUUUUAGAAACAAUUGAUGUGAAAAUGAGUGUUAUCUGUCCCGAGACCACAGCUGACGGAAAAGCCAGUCCAAUUUCAGGAUAGAUUUUAAGGUGUUGCUUUUAACUUAUAAUGCUUUUGCGUCAUCGUAUUUAAAUGAUCUUUUAAUACCAUAUAUUCCUAGAUGCUCACUCAGAUAACAGAAUGCCAGGUUGCUUACUGUCCCAUAAAUUAAAAACUUUCAUCAAAACUUUGGGCACUGCUACAGGUCCACCUUUUUUAAAAAAAAAAUGUUUUAUGUUAUUCAGGAUAUUUUAAAUAUUUCACAUUCAAUAUAGCUAUGCUUCAGAAUAUAUGUAGUGUACACCAAAAUAUCUGUGCUGUAGUGUACUUACUGAAUUAUCUAUCUAUAUAUGUACUAUUCCUACCCUUCUACCCCUGCUAGCAAGGGGAGGUUUGCAUCUUUACAGCUGAAACUAUGGCAUCUAGUAAACAGAAACCCUGGUGUAAUAUUUAAUUUCAAUAUUGUGAAUGAUAACAUUGUGGGAAACAGCAAGUUUUAGUUCUUUUUGCAAUGAAAAAGGCCUCCUGUUCGUGAAGCCCAGAGCUAUCUAGCUGGCCUGCAGAUUGCAGCAAACAGAAAGGGCUACAGAAACAGCAAUCUGUCAGGGAACAUUUCAGGCUGUUUUAGCUAACGAGAGCAAAGGGCUACAGCAAGUUCUCUGAAAGGAAUGAAACAGCUUUAAUGGCAUAAAACUAGAAAGAAACAAUGUAGUUGUUGUUGGAAGCAGGUAAUGUUAUGAUGUGCAACGUUGCAGGCAAGAAACUCUAAACACACCUGAAAUAUCAUCAAUCUAUUGCCAGGAAAAUCUUUUGAACCAUCACCAAAUGCCAGGCAGACAGCAGGUAUCUCAACCUUCAGUCAGAGGCAGUUCACAGCAGUAAGAAUGUAACCCUACCUCUCUCCAGUCUGUGGCAGCUCACAGUAGUAAGACUGUAACCCUACCUCUCUUCAGUCUGUGGAGUGCUUUGAGUUCGCCUUGUCUUGCCCCACCUCCUCCUCAUGUUUGCCCUCAGCAGGGAGGGUAGCAGUUGAACUGUACCCCCAAAGUGCUGUGAGAAAGGCUCAU